AUGGCGCCAUCCAUCGUUCAAGAUUUCUUUGAUGCGGAUUCAAUCUCUAAUGUUAUCGCAUCUAAGUCGAAAGUCAUGAAUCUCAACCACGACAAUGUGCCAAAGCCCGUUGCAGACGACUUCAUGUACGACUUCAAGUACAACCAUACCCUCCCAACUACCGACAUCUUGGGCGUUGACAUCCCCAAGGAUUGCGAUGCUCAGAGAGAGGCCGAGGGGAUCGUAGCUCGUCUCUCAAAAGCGGCCUCUGAUGAAAACGCGGAAGCUUUUGCAGGGCUAUUCCUCGAUUAUGGCGUAUGGCGUGACAAGCUUUCAUUCACCUGGGACUUUCGCACUUUUAACUUUAGAGAUAACAUCCUGAAAGCUGCAACCGACCUUUUGCCUCAAACGAAGGCUAGAAAGUUCAGCUUUCUUGAGCCUGCGCCUUCAGUCUCUCGCCCCUAUCCUGACUUCUCUCAGCUGCAAUUCGUUGUUUCCUUCGAAACUGAGAUUGUCUUUGCUUCGGCGGUCAUCAAUGCGGUUCUCACACAUGAUGGCUGGAGAAUUUACACCAUGCAUACGGUUGCCGAGACCCUCAAGCAAUUCCCUGAGCAGCCUGCUCCUGAUCGCCAUAUGACCGGUAUUACUAGUUGGGAGAGCCAGAGAUCUGAAGCCAUUAACACUGUCGACCCUGAGGUGCUGAUAAUUGGUGGUGGCCAAAAUGGUCUCGCUAUGGCAGCGCGCUUGAAGGUUCUCGGAAUGUCAAACCUGAUCAUCGAACGCACUGAAGAAGUCGGCGAUAUCUGGAAAAAGCGCUACGAAUACCUUUCCCUGCACUUCCCACACUGGCCGGAUGCCUUGCCAUACUUCAAUUACCCUAAGCACUGGCCCACAUAUACCCCGGCUCAGAAGCAAGGUCUAUAUAUGAAGUGGUAUGCCUCCGCUCUAGAGCUCAAUGUCUGGACAAAGUCGGAGGUUGUCAAAGCCGAGCAGGAUGCUGAAGGAAGGUGGACUGUCAUAAUAAACAAGGAGGGCAAGGAGACACGCACACUACACCCUAAACAGCUCAUCAUGGCCACGUCGCUAUGUGGUGUCCCCUUUACCCCGGCCGUUCCUGGAAUGAGUGACUUCCAGGGUGUGAUCCGUCACUCAAGUGCCCACAAUAGCGCGCGUGACUUUGUCGGAAAGAAGGUCUGCGUCGUCGGUACCUCAUCCUCAGGCUUCGACACAGCUUACGAAUGCGCUCGCUUGGGGAUUGAUGUGACCCUCCUCCAGCGGUCACCGACUUAUGUCAUGUCUUUGACCCAUUCUGUUCCACGCAUGCUUGGAGGUUAUGCCCCCGAUAAGAAUGGCAACCUCCCUGAUACUGCUGCACAGGAUCGUCUCAACUUCUCUACACCCGUCGGACCUGGUGAGGAGCUUGCCAGGCGCACUGCUAAGACUCUUGAAGACCUAGACAGACCCUUACUCGAGGCCCUUAAUGCCCGAGGUCUGCGAACAUGGCGUGGUCAGCGCGACACAGGAAACUCUACCUUGGGCCAAACCCGGAAUGGUGGAUUCUACUUCGAUGCCGGGGCUUGCGAGGAAAUCAUCAAUGGUAACAUCAAGGUGGAGCCAGGAUUUAUUGAGAAGUUCACUGAAGAUCGGGUGAUCUUGAACGACGGACGUGAAAGAGAGUUUGACUUGGUCGUUUUUGCCACUGGGUUUUCGAACACAAUUGACACCAUUCGCUCCACUCUUGGUGAAAAGAUUGCCAGUCAAUGUGGGCCUAUCUGGGGUAUUGAUGAGGAAGGAGAGUACAAGACAGCUUACCGGGAAACGGGCGUCCCUAACAUGUGGAUUAUGGUUGGUUUCCUUCCGAUGACCCGAUAUGCCUCCAAACUUUUGGCUUUGCGACUGAAAGCGUUAGCGGAGGGCAUUUCCCCGCCACCUUACAAAGCCUGA